GGCACAGCGACCGCUGUGACAGCUGCUGUUUGCCUGCGUGCCAGGGUAAUAUCCAACCUCUCUGUCGAACCCAAUUGGGAAGACGCCAGCACACUGAAAUCUAGCAGGAAGUCCCAGCAAAGCAUAGUAGGAAGUCCGCCCGAAACCGCGUGUGCCUCGAUUCUUGGCUACACUGGACAGCCACAAGACAUGGAGCCCGAGUCCCCACGCGUGGAGCAGGUGGGCGGUAUUCUCAGCAGGGGGGAGGACACAGAUGGCGAGCGGACGGAUGACGAGAUGGAUUUUCCUCCGGAAUCUUCGUAUGUCAGCCAACACCAACCAGCACAAGACGAGGACGAGCAGCAGAAGGACAGUGCGGAAGAGUUGGAGGUGACUGGCGAGGGCACUGCGGGAGGGCCGUUUGGACUGAAGAAGGUACUCUUCGUGAGGAAAAAGAGCGAAAAGGGCGUUGGGUCGAAAGAGGAACCUUCCUUCAAGGACCGAUUCAACAAGCUCGGGGCGGGAGUUGGAGAGAGGUUUGCCGCUUUCGGACACAUCAUCCAAGAGCACGGCAGCAAGUCCGCGGCGGCAAGUGGAUCGCAGACUUCGGGAGUAGCGGAAAAGUUUACCGCCCCGGACGAGACGAACGAACCGGCACAGGUUGCACCGCAGGGUGGUACCGCUUUUGCUGGCCCACCCGCCAGCGAGCACCCCCAGCAGCAGGCGAUGGAGUACUUUCAAGAGUACGAGGUUACCUUUACUACCAAGCCCACGUUUUCGCUCGUGGCAGGGGCCGACGGGAGGGGCGCCGUAGUAUCGUGGGACACCGGUACGGCACCACCCUCUGCGGACAGCGGCGGCGCCCCUGCCCCCGUGCCGCCAUCCGGUGCCGCUGUCAUCGCCGUGUCCGGCGAGUCGGUAACCGAGAAGAAGCUGGCAGACGUGCUGGAGCUCCUGGAGGCCGCCGGCAAGGACCUCGACAUAGGGCGAGAAGAAGAUCCGGCCAAAAAUAACGGCGUCAAGCUUUCCGUCGAGGUGCCUCCGGACCCGGCAGGCGGCGGCGGUGGCGAGCUGGUGGUGCGUUUCCGCGAGAAGAUGAAGCCGCAGCACGAGACCGGGUCGGCCGGUGGGGAGGUCUUCCGCAACAAGAUGAAGGCCAUGGCGACGGGGAUAGGGAACCUGUUCCAGGCAAAGGAAACGGCGGGCAGCGCCGUGAGGGACGGCUCCAACGUUUCAGCCGGAGGCUCGGGCCCGUCGGGGGCGGCGGCGGCGGCGGCGGCAGCGGUGCCCGAUGCCUUCCCCCUGACGUUUUCGGCGGGAGGCAAGACGGUCGAGGACUUGCCGUUUACGAUGGCCGAGGUCGUCGGAGGCCUUGGGGUUAUCGUGGCGGCGGUUAGGGACGACUACGCGGAGAACUUGAUCGUGGCGGAGGAGGCGGGGGUCGUGUCGGCGGGGACGGCGGGUGUGGCUGCCGGCGGCGGCGGCGAGGAGGGGGGCGCGGGGCGGAGCGAUGGCCCGGAUGUGCUCGUUCCUGGAGCCUUGAUCUUGAGAGUGGCCGGGCAGAACGUGGAGGGGAAAGGGAUGGAGCGAGUGAGGAAGGCUUUGGAGACGGCGGCGGUGGAGCACUCGGCGGUGAAAAUCCUCUUCCGGCACGCGCCUCCAGUCUACCGAGCGAGCGUGGCGGCCGAGCUAGCGUUAGAGCAGUCCAAGGUGCCUCAGGUGCACGUCGGCACGUGGCAACCUUUGCUCAAGCGACGCGCCGGGGUCACGAUGAGCGGAGACGGAGAGAACGGCGGCGGCGGGGGCGGGGGCAUUAUCGGACUCGGCUAUGGCGGAGAGGAGUGGGAGGACGUCCAGGCGACCAUGGCGCGGGCGCACAGGUUCGUGAACGGCUUCCGGUCGGUCGGCAUCCGCGUGGACGUGCUGAGCAUGCAGACCGUGACCCUUCCGCGGAACGUCAAGUCGGCGUACGCUGGGACGUUCGAGGGCCGGCCGUCGUCCUUCCAGCAGGCGGCGCGGCUGUGGUUUUCCUUCCCGGGGGAGCGAACGGUCACCCUCAAGAGACAAGCUACCUUGGAAAAGCUUGGUUUGUUGCACGUCGAGACUAGGGGAGGGGGCGGGGCGAUAGGCUCAUGGGUGACGAUCACCGCGGCGGAUGCGUCGCCUUGCGCGGCGGCGGGGGUACCCGUGGGGGAGACCUCGCUGCUGACCCACGUUAACGGCUUCGACGUGUCUCCGCCCGCCUACCGAUCGCUCGCUCCGCGCGCGUUCGGGGAUGGGGAAGGGUGGACGGCGGCGGUGCUGCCGGCGCUCGAGAGCGGCGGCGGCGACAACAUCACCCUUACCUUUGUCUGAGGACUGCGCUGAUCUUGAUCUGAGGACUCGUUUUGUGGCGGUGUCGGUGCUCGGUGCUGUUGGAGAUGGAUGAUGCUUUGCACAGACAGGCUGUGUUCGGAAGGUUGUGCAUGCGAGGGAACAAUAUUGUGCAUGCAUGCAUUGCAUACCGUAGCCGUGGUUGCGACGUCCAGUUCUCUUGACGAAAGAAGAGCUGUCACACUUGUUGUGUAGAAAUUUUGAGCUGUCAAAUCAAGACUCUUGUUGAACUGUACUAGUUUCUCGGCUUGUCACACCCGACUAGCCGUGGCGGCUUGUCGAUGAUUCACUGCUUCACAAUACUCCAUGCGUGUGCCCUAAGUUCACGCCAUCUGAGGUUCCACCAGUUGAGCAUCUGUAAUGCGGUUUACGGUAUGUUUGGGGUGGCGGGAUUUGAACCGGUAUGUUUGGGGUGGCGGGAUUUGAACCCGGGUUAACUUCGAAACCAUUGAACAUGUCUUUUUUCGACGCCAACGUUACAAGAUGGACUCGUCUUCGAGAUCUGACCGUCGGACCCUUUUUAGAGGUCGCCUCGACAUCUUUUUGUAUGGUUGGAUGAAAUGUUGUGACACUUUUUACUGUGUUUCUUGAAGCACGUGCGCCUUGGCUGCGAUGCGUCCUUAUGACCCUCACCGGGCUUGAGUUGGUCGUGCUGCUGUAGCACGGUACCGUAUCUGUUUGGGUCUCUGGAUAUUUUUUUGUCCGUUUCCGCGACGUCGUUCGCUGAAUAUGCUGUUGAUUGGGUGGUGGGAGCGCGCACGCAUGUGAAACGUUGUAUGCAUGUCCAUGUGCAUGUGACGCACGCACGCGUCGUCGCUUGUUGCCAUGCAUGCUGUCGUACAAGAAUGGGGCUCAUUGAAACAAUCCAACUCAAUACUGUAGACCCCUGGGC